UUGAAGAACCUAUUAAAUGCCUCAAGGCUUUUAACAUUAAAAUCCGUCAAAUCGCCAUAUUCAAAAAAUUUUUAGGGGUUUCUUCUUUUACAAUAGCCGAGCGCAAUAGCAUUACAAAACUAAUAAACAAUCAACGAUCUGCACUGGCAAAUGGGGAAAUGUCAGAAUUACCGACAGCUUCAGAUAUGAAUACAUUAACCUAUUCAACAUUAUAUGAAGGAAUGGCACAAUCGCUAGCUAGAGAUUGUUCUAUGAAUAAUAUGGGUGGAGGAGUUAGUCAUUAUUCAACAGACAAAAUAAUACAAACUAAUGAUGCUCUAUUCCAAGAAGCAGUAGAUGCUUGGGCAUCGGAAAGCAAGGAUGUAGACAGUAGUAGCCUUAAACCUAAUGAAAAUGCCAAAAAUUUUGCACAAGCAUUUUAUUCAAAAAAUACACAAUUUGGAUGUGGAAAGGCUCCAUGUUCCGGAAAAACAUUUUUAGUUUGUCUGUUUACCCCCUAUGGCCCAGCACAAACAAUGAAUGGCCCAUUAUAUAAGCAAGGCGAAAUUUGUGGAAAUUGUGCCAAUAAUAAUUGUGAUAAAGGAAGUGGUUUAUGCAUUCCUAAAGUCAAUAAGCUUAUUAUAGAUUAA